AUGGGUCAAUGGAUCGCCACCGUGCCCGCUUCUAUUGGGAAGCCAACAGUGCUAAACGCAUGGGUGAGGUGGUCGGCGAUUUGCACGCCAAAGAGCCUAGGGGGGCUGGGCAUUAUAGACUCGCGCCUUAUGAACGCCUGCCUAUUGGUCAAGUGGAUCUGGAGGAUCUACUCUGGGGAGCAAGGCCUUUGGGCGGAUAUCCUGAGGAGUAAGUACCUCAGGGAUAAGGAUCUGAUGUUGGAUGAUCGCCGCCCAGGAUCCCAGUUCUGGAAUUCCAUACAAAAACUUAAGAACCUGUUUCGCUUGGGAGCUAAACACUGUGUUCGCGAUGGCAAGACGACGAGUUUCUGGCGAGACUGGUGGCAGGGGUCGGGACCCCUAUGCGACCGCUUCCCCACACUUUUCGCCGUUGCCGUGGACCAAGACGUCUCGGUUGCCGCUGCCCGCUCCGGCAGCACCUGGCACCUCCCGCUCUGCCGGGAGCUUGGGCGGGGAGAUCGGGUGGCCUGGGCCAAUCUUCUGAGGGAGGUUCGGGUGCCUCAUCCCUCGACCUUGCUAGAUCAGGUGUGGAAGCUAGUGGCUAGGAAGAAGGACCGCGAGGCUGUGGAGUGGGCGGUCACCCGGAUCCAGCAGUUCACCCCGCCGGCGACGAUGGCGGCGGAAGUGCCCAGCUCAUCGGCCUCCCCCGAAGUGGAGAUGCUCCUGCGCUUCCUCGCCGCGCGCGGCUGGCGCUUCCGCGACACGGCGGACGAGUCCAUCCGGGCCCUCCUCCACGCUUCCCCCUCCGCGUCGCCGGAGGCCGUGGAGGCUGAGCUCCUCGACACGGACCUGAGGCUCUUCGGUGGAAAGACCCUCCCCGACCGCGCGGCCGCCACCUCGGGGAAGCGGCUCUCUUAUCUCCACGGCCCCAUCGUCCUGCAGGUAGUUUCUGUAAGAGAUAUAUAUAGCAGCAACGUUGAUGCUUCAUUUAAGAACCCGCAGCAACGGCGCCUUCUCCGGUUUGGUCUCACUGAUGGUGUUUCUGAAGCAGUGGCCAUUGAGUUUUCCCCUAUCCCGUUCAUCACUGAAGAGAUAGCUCCAGGUACCAAGAUUCGUCUUGAGAACAAGAUUCCAGUAAAUCAUGGCAUAUUGUGCUUGAGUGCAAAAAAUGUGAGUGUCAUUGGGGGAACUGUUCAAUCUUUGUAUGAAGAAUGGAAAAUGAACCAAAAGUACUCAGGCAUAUCACGCCCGUCGUUGAGGUUGUCCCAAAAUGACGAUGGAGUUGGGCCUCCACCGUUCGAGAAGUUAGAUACCGAAGCACGUCCAAACAGGACAUUCCAGUUGCAAGCAUAUCCCGAUCGUAAACCUAGGGAUUUGGGAGUCGCUAAUGACCGUGCAUCGAUUAAUCCUAUUGGCAAACCCAUGAAUGAAGCUUCAGCUGAUGUGAACAAGGAGAAUACAGCAAGCAAAGUUGAACCCAAACAAGCCAAUUCAGAUAUCAGACCAAAAGAAGUAAGUGAAGCUGUCCCUGUUCAAAACCAAGCUGCCGCACAGAAGCUGCUGCAGAAAAUGGCAAUGCCCGAAGAUAGGCAUGGUAGGGGUCAUAGAUUCAAGGGCAAGAACAAGCAGGAUGAUGCUCCAGUCUUUACCCUCGAGGAAUGGGAGAGGAGAAAAGCAGUUGGUUCAGUGUCCACAGCAGAACACCAUAUACAAGAUACUAGUCGAGAUGAGGAGCUGGCAAGACAGCUCCAGGAACAGCUAGAUAUGGAAGAUUCCCAUAGAAUUCCGGUUAGUUCAGAGGCGGAGCGCUUACGGAUGAACAUGUUCAGCUUCAAUGGCCCCGAAGAAAUGGGUGGUGGCGGGAGAAGAGAUUUCCGAGGGCGCGGGCGGGGAAGGGGCCGAGGGCGAGGGCGGGGCAGGGGGAGAUUUUAG